UGGCGGGAAAUAAACAAAAAGAGUAAUGCUUGCAUAUACCUCGUGAUUAAAGAGUCGGAAAAGAACAGUUCUAGACGUUGUUACAGAAAGAAACCAUGGCUGAGAGACCUGAAGAUCUUAACCUCCCUAAUGCUGUUGUAACCAGAAUCAUCAAAGAUGCUAUUCCAGAUGGUGUUAAUGUAUCGAAGGAAGCCAGAUUGGCCAUCUCUAAAGCUGCCAGUGUGUUUGUGCUGUACGCCACUUCAUGUUCCAACAACUUUGCCUUGAAGGGAAAGAGGAAAACUAUCACUGCCCAAGAUGUGAUGUCUGCCAUGGACGACAUGGAGUUUGAACAUUUUGUGGAACCUCUGCAACACUGCCUGGAGUCCUACAGAUUAGGUCAGAAAAAUAAGAAGGAAGCAGCAUCCGAGAGAAAGAAGAAAACCCAGGUAGAAGUAGCAGUGGCAGAAGAGUAUGGAGAGGAAAAUGGAGGUGAAGAGGAUGGCGAUGAGGAUGAUAGUGGAGAGGAUGUGCAACAGAACCAGAACAACAGUUCUACAAGUAAGGACAAUGAUGCUGAGGCACAAGAAGAUAGUGAUGUAGUAGAAAUUUCAGACGAGGAUGGUUGAGAAUUACUGUGAAGUUUGGUGUGAAAGCAGAAAACUUUUACAUGGAAUUACAUGAAACAAGCUAACUUGACUCAUGGAAGUUGCUUGUGAUAGGACAAAAGCAUGGUGUAUUUAAAAUGAUUUGAAGACAACAGAUUUACCCCUUGGUAAUGUCAUGAUUUCCUUUUCAAUAUUGCUUGGAGGAGCUCUUGCUCUUUUCAUCUGAUUCAGCCAAGCAAGCUCCAAUACCUAUUUGCAAAUUUAUUAUGAAACUUUGAAGUCAUCAUUUCAUCAACCUUCAAGAAAGGACACUUUCUUUGAUGAGGAUAGUCAAUUAAAUCCUGGUUUUACAAACAUUAAACUGACAUUGACAUCAUGUUAUACUGACAACAGUCAGUGAGGAAUUUUGUUAAGAUGUUAUCACAUUGUAAAUAUAAGAAAGUACUUUAAUAAAUCAAGUGAUUAUUAAAU